GUCUCUCUACAUGUGUGUUAGUGAGGUGUUUUCUGCUCCCUUGCAUCUGUUUAGCACACAGCAGCAUCAUGAGUGUGGAGUCCAAAAAAACACGGGAGGCUUGCUGCUCCAAGCUCAAGCUCUUCCUGGCCUCUAUGGCCUUUGUGUACUUUUCCAAAGCCUUCUGUGGAGCCUACAUGAAGAGCUCCAUCACCCAGAUUGAGAGGCGCUUUGAUAUCCCCAGCUCCCUCAUUGGGGUAAUAGAUGGCAGCUUUGAAAUGGGUAACUUGUUGGUCAUAGCCUUUGUGAGCUACUUCGGUGCAAAGCUCCAUCGUCCCAGGCUGAUCGGCAUCGGUUGUGUGAUCAUGGCUGCUGGAUCCUAUCUCAUCGCUCUGCCUCAUUUCUUCCAGGGACACUAUAAAUAUGAGACUAGUAUGUCUCAUAGUACAGCUGUCAACAGCACUGAGAACAUCCUGCCAUGUCUGUCCAACCACACUGUGAUUGAUGAAGACGAAUCGCCUGAUUUAGAGGCUCGGACAGCUUGUGAAAAGGCAGCUGGUUCAUCCAUGUGGAUCUAUGUAUUCCUGGGUAACAUGCUACGUGGAAUUGGUGAGACUCCCAUCAUGCCUCUGGGUGUUUCCUACUUGGAUGACUUCUCCAGAGAAGAGAACACUCCUUUUUAUUUAGCCUGCAUUCAUACUGUGGGAAUCUUGGGACCGAUGUUUGGGUUCAUGCUCGGGUCCUACCUUGCCAAGAUCUAUGUAGAUGUUGGAUCUGUGGAUUUAGACAGCAUCACAAUCACCUAUAAAGACUCCCGCUGGGUGGGAGCCUGGUGGCUGGGCUUUAUAGUUACUGGAACCGUUGUCCUGCUGUCCGGUAUCCCAUUCUGGUUCCUCCCUAAGUCUUUGCCCAAGCAAGGAGAAGAGCAGAGUCAGAGUAAAAGCACAGAGCUCGCUACAGUGCCAGAGCAGGAAAACUUCCUGCCAGAUGAAAACCAGGAUCACGAGGAGAAGGAAAAGCCAGUUACAUUCCAGGAGAUGGCUAAAGAUUUCGUUCCAUCUCUAAGGAGACUUUUCAAGAACAGCAUCUAUUCCAUGAUGAUUCUCACCUACCUGGUUGCUGUUAACGGCUUCAUUGGCAUGAUCACCUUCAAGCCAAAGUUCUUGGAGCAGAUCUACGGCCAAUCAGCCUCAAAGGCCAUUUUCCUCAUAGGAAUUCUGAAUCUGCCAGCAGUAGCCUUGGGCAUCAUCACUGGAGGUUUUAUUUUGAAGAAAUUCAAGUUGGGUGUUAUCGGAGCAGCCAGGGUGUCGAUGGCUGCCUCCCUUGGGUCCUUUUGUCUGCUCUCGGUUCAGGUCUUCAUCCACUGUGACAAUGCAGAUGUUGGAGGUUUAACUGUAACAUAUCAGGGGGAUUCCCACGUGUCCUAUAACCAACAGACUAUGGUGUCACAGUGCAACAUGGGCUGCUCAUGCUCUAUGAAGCAUUGGGAUCCAGUAUGUGCUUAUAACGGCAUGACGUAUGCAUCGCCCUGCUUGGCUGGCUGCAAGACCUCCAGUGGUACUGGCAAGGAAAUGGUGUUUCAUAACUGUACCUGUGUCGGGGAAAUGAUGACUCCUGGCAUGAACAUGUCUACAGUGCUGGGUCAGUGCCCAAGGAAGAGCAGCUGUGAGGGCAUAUUCAAGAUCUUUAUGUCUUUGUCUGUGGUGGGGUCCUUCAUUUCUGCCUGUGGAGGAACACCAGGAUACAUUGUGCUGCUCAGGUCCAUUCAGCCGGAUCUAAAGGCACUUGCCUUGGGAAUGCAAACACUGAUAGUAAGAACUCUGGGUGGGAUUCCUCCUCCCAUUUACUUUGGAGCACUGAUUGACCGAACCUGUCUGAAGUGGGGUUCCAAGCAGUGUGGAGGCCGUGGAGCGUGUCGACUCUAUGAUGCUAAUGCAUUUAGAAUGACAUUCAUGGGAUUGAUAACUGGACUCUACUUCCUGUCUAAUACACUCUGGGGAUUCCUCUAUGUCAAACUUGUCAAGAGACACAAAAAGUUGGCACUGCGGAAUCAGGCCAAAGAAAAUGGACAUGAUGGUAACAAUGUGGGUAACGGACACGCCAACAUCAACAUUGCCAAAAACAAAGAAGAAAUGAACAAGGAGAGCACUAUUUAAGGUGUUGGAGGAAGGCAACACCGUUGUUUUAUUCAAACUACAAAGAUUUCUCACUGCCUAAGUUCACUGCUGCAUCCAUACUGGACCAAAAUGGGAAAUGGUACAGUGUCAGCACUCUUUACUCUACAAGCAGUAAACCUGUGUUUUGCACUGAUAUUGUUGCAAAACAUCAACUGAGUUUUUGGGUUGUGGGCUUGUUUGUUGUUUCAGUUCAGAGGUCAAAGAAUAGUUUCACAAGAAUCUAAUGGCAUUUCAUGAUAUGCAAUCCAUAUCUGAAAAGCAACAUUUAAGGUUAUUUUUAGCCCGUCUAUACAACAGUCAAGGAAACAUCAUAGGGUUUGUACCGCUGGGCAAAAGCAGUUUCCUUUCGAUGAUGUUCACUUUUGAAACAUUUCAGUAUUUUAGAGGUAGCUGUCAAAUAUAUCAAAUUAAGGAAAAGUUGUGUCAACUGUGUGUACUUGAAGAGCAUUAGGUCAUGUAAUUAUAGUAAUGUCUCCUCUUUAUAUUCAAAGUGAUUUAUGUGUAGAUUCAAACAUGUAUACAGUUUAUACAAUACAGCUUUGUACAGUGUUUUAUAGUUUGAAUAACUAUUUCAGACAACCAAAGUGGUUUGGGCCAAAGAUGCAGUGACAUCACUGAUUUGACAUUUGACAUUUUGUCCUUGUAAAUGUUCUGUUUUGUGUUUUUUAAAGUUUGCGAGAUUAUUGGGCCUUACUUAACAUAUUCUGAAUAAUUUGGUGAUGGAUGACCUGUCAAUCAAUCAAUCUUCAUUUCUAUAGCACCAAAUCACAACAAAAGUUAUCUCAAGACUCUUUGAGAAACAGAGCAGGUCUAGACCACUCUAUGUUCAAUAUUAAAGACCAAAAAACACGAAAGGAUAGGAUCCAGUUCCCUCUUACUGACAGGACUCAGUCUGAUAUCAUCUUAUCCACCAUGAGCAGAGCACUUUGCAGUUUUUAGCUA